UAGGGUAGGCGGGAAUAGGUCUCCCUGUCGCACGGUGACUCGGUGCGGGCUGAAUCAACGUAAACCAUGCUGGGCCUUCAUGGAGAAGUGUAAUUAUUCAUUCUGGUGGAUUUAGCAGAUUCAACAUAAUACUACGGCACUAGAAUUUGGAUAGGCGUAUUGUAUUAUUGUGGCGGAGAGUCUUCUUAUACUGCUUAACUGCCACAACCCCAGCAUGACACGCUGUGCCGUUGGUCAACAUUGAUAGCCCGGAACACUCAUGCAGGAGAGCAAGGACUGAUUGAAUUAUUUGCAUGUCAUGCAUUUUUGUCAUGGUUGCUGCUCAUCUCACUCGCUCACUCAUCAACAUUAGGACGACGGAUUCUGAUCUCUUCUGUUGAGAUAUAUGAUAUGUGUAGUAUUCAGGUCCAAUGGUCCUGUUAAUGCAGAGUUAUCGAGACAUUUGAACGCUUGAGAUAAUUUGCAGCCUGGAAUUGUAUCUCCAGCUGAGUUAAUGGACUUCUGGCUUGCGGCAUGACAUUGUGAUUAAGGCGUCUUACGUUAAUUACGGCAGUGUACUAAUUGAUAUGAAUGCGUAAUGUUAGUAACCUUCUGAUGAUCUGCGCUACACUUUGGAUACAUUGCGGAAGGAAAAUUAUCGAGCAAAGGUCAAGGAAUUGGGAUUUCCAGAUUGUGACAUAGGUAUUGAUAUAAUUGAUAUCCAAGGAUGAUAUUUAUUUUAUUUGUGAGCGUGGGGGUUGUGAAUCAGACGCUGUGAUAUUCAAUUAUGCAUUUUGUUCCUCACACUGCACCGGACAGGAAUUAUCCCCACAACCAGAACUAUCAUCUGAAACCUGGAGACGGGUACUUGGAGUCACUGUCUCUUCCCAGUCGUCAUGGCUCAAUUUGCAGCAACGUCUUCCAUCCCGUCAACCAUGACGAUAUCAAUAUGGAUGACUUCGGGUCAUCUAAUGAAGCCUUCAGUCGGUUGAUGCCUCAUGGACCCGAAGGCCGAGCUGAAAGUUACUGUUUCGCUCACACUGAGGAACUACCCGAGGACCACGACUGCAGGAGAGAGCUAUGCACAAGGGUGACUAUCAACGUCAGCGGGAUGAAAUUUGAAACCCAGCUAAGGACUUUAAACCGUCUUCCUCACACCCUUUUGGGUGAUCCAGAAAAAAGAGCCAAAUUUUGGGAUAAGAAACGUCAGGAGUAUUUCUUUGACCGCCAUCGAUUGUCAUUCCCGGCCAUUUUGUACUACUACCAGAGCGGUGGAAGGUUAAAACGACCCCUCGACGUGCCGUGGGAUAUAUUCCGUAAUGAGCUACAUUUCUACGAGCUUGGUAACACAGCUAUUGCCAACUUUGAACGAACGGAAGGAGUGAAACAAAAAGAGGAGGUGGUCAAAAAACCUGCGAAUAAAGUCCAGCUAUGGAUUUGGGAAGUGAUGGAGGUUCCUCAGAGUUCCUAUUACGCCAAGGUUGUCGCUGUCUUGUCUGUUGUGUUUAUUCUCGUAUCUGUCGUGACCUUCUGCAUAGAAACGCUGCCUCAGUUCAAAGGAAGGGACUGUGUAAACCAGACCUUUCACAUUGGAAAUAACAGGACGGAGAUCAGGAAAGUACCUAACUACUGGGAUCCCUUGUUUAUGAUUGAGAGCUGUUGUAUAACGUGGUUUGUUGCGGAGACCAUUGUACGCUUCAGUGUGAGUUACUCGAAAAUUGCCUUCCUCAAAAGUUUAAGCAACUGGAUUGAUAUCAUAGCGAUUUGUCCUUACUUUGUGUUCUUAUUUAUCACCUUGGCAACAAACGCUUGUAUCGAAGGCGAUCAAGCAAGCGGGUUGUCAGUUCUUCGUGUGUUGCGAGUGGUACGAAUACUAAAACUCAGCAAACAUUCGCAAGGUUUACAAAUAUUAGGCAUGACUCUGAAAUGCAGCAUGAAGGAAUUAAGUAUGUUCCUGUUGUUCUUAGGAAUUGCGACCGUGAUAUUCGCUGGAGCGGUGUACUAUGCGGAAAUGGCAGAAGAAAACGGCCAGUUUACAAGUAUUCCGGAUGCGUUUUGGUGGGCAAUUGUUUCCAUGACUACCGUAGGAUACGGAGACUAUGUCCCACAAGGUGUUAUAGGCAAAUGUCUCGGAGUGUUGUGUUUAGUGUCUGGUGUUCUGGCUAUUGCUCUUCCCGUCCCAGUAAUUGUUGCCAACUUCAAUCAUUUCUAUACUCAAUAUACUGGUCGUGGUUACGGAUCUGUCUAGGAUUUCAUCAAUGUAAGAGAAUCCAUAUUGGUUUUAUUAAAAAUGGCAUUGGCACAUGGCAACGAAACGAAAAAUAUAUAUGAACUUUUUUUUUAGUGAUUUAAAUGUUUCAGAGGGGCGGUCGGGUAGCC